GAAGGCAGCCGCAGCCUCACACAUGCAGUCACAUUCCCAGACCCCUCGCAACCUGACAAGGACGCCAGUGUGCUUCCCAUUGCUUCCUGCACACUCACGCAAACCGCAGCCUCGCGGAGACUCCUGGACUCAUCCAGACUCGGGCUCACGCUCACUGUCGGUCUGCCUCUGUGCACCCUCCAUGGCACCCUGUACAGCCCCACUACUGGCCCUCAGCCUGUUGGUUCUCUGGAUUUUCCCAGCCCCAGCUGUGGGGGGUGCAAAUGAUGCUGAAGACUGCUGCCUGUCUGUGACCCAACUCCCCAUCCCUGGGCACAUCGUGAGAGCCUUCCGCUAUCUCCUCAUCAAGGAUGGCUGCAGGGUGCCUGCCGUUGUGUUCACCACACUGAGGGACCGCCAGCUCUGUGCACCCCUAAACCAGCCCUGGGUGAACCGCAUCAUCCGGAGACUGCAGAAGAACUCUAGUAAGACCAAGCACCACAGCAGUUAGCCCGUGACAGCAACAGAGGGAGCCCUGUGUCUGGGUGAAGAUGUAAUCACUCUGGCCCGGGAAACUGACGUCCAAAAGGAAGACCCAGGCCUCCAGCUCCUCAGCACCAGACCUGACCCAGCCGGGCAGGGCCUGGUGUGUGAAUGUGAAUGUGAGCAAGAGAGUGCAGAAAGCACACUUUUGUCCAGAUUGCAAAGCUUCCAAUAAAGCCACCUGGCACCCAUGGAUCUGA